UUACCAAUUCACCACGAUACUGUAUCUGAUGAGCCUCCUUUGACGGUGACUGCACAGCAAAGUCGGUUCCACGAGAAUGCAGCGGAANCAAUCACUAUCAAAGAUCUGAGUAUCUCGCUUGGCGACCAUGAGAUACUAAAUCAUGCCGAAUUCCAAUUGCUAUCAGGCCGCCACUAUGUUCUGAUGGGUCGCAAUGGUGUCGGGAAAUCCAGUGAGUUAAACGCACGCCACCAGACUGUACUACCUGCCAAUGCUAAAAUCUUCCAGCUUNUCUUGCGAGCGAUUGCUGACGGUCUAAUCCCGGGUCUGCCUCGAGCUGCCCGGGUGCUCCUUCUGGGUCAGAUAACCCUGAAACAGGACACUGAUUCUAAGGCGUUCAAUGACGAAACGGUGCUUCAACAUGUCAUGCGCAGUGACACAGAACGUGAGCGAUUGCUGCAUGAGGCUCGGAAACUGUCAACAGCAGUGGAGGAUACCGAGGAGCCCACUGCCGCCAUUCGAGCAUAUCGAGAGAUCUUUUCGCNNCAACGCCUCGAACGUGAAGUCUUCGAAGCUAGGAAGAAGUCUGAGAAGAUAAGCGGGGCGCGGGGCUCUCGGGCGCGGAAGGUGCUAAUUUCUCUGGAAGCAGAGUUGGCUCAGGCGAAUGAAAGAUCUGGAGCCUUGGAUAUAGUUUUGAAGGAUCCAGCCAGUAUGAGCGAGGAGUCGCGAAGUGCCUUCGAGAUGCUCGCCGAAAUUCAAAACUCGUUGGAACUAAUGGACGCUCCAGCAGCUGAGGCAAGAGCCCGCUCUGUGCUGCUCGGACUUGGCUUUCCCGCGUAUAGCCUAGAUGAUCCUAUGUCGUAUCUAUCUGGAGGAUGGCAGACUCGAUGCAAAAUCGCAUGUGCGCUAUGCCAAUCAGUCGAUUUGCUUCUACUCGACGAGCCAACCAAUNUUUUGGACCUGCCCUCCAUCAUCUGGCUAGAGCAAUAUAUCCAUACGCUCGACCAUAGAACCACUGUUGUAGUCGUAACCCACGACCGUGCUUUUGCAGACAGUGUCGCCGAAGAGUCGAUCGUUCUUCGAAAUCUCACCCUAGAAAGGUUUAGAGGAAACCCAUCCGGAUACGAGCUCAUCAGAUGGAAGACCUAUAAACACCUGAGCCGGAUGGAGGAAGCCCAAGACAAACAACGGAAGCACAUGGAAACAACCAUAGAGCACAAUGUCAGAUCUGCACGGCGUUCAGGCGAUGACAAGAAGCUCAAACAAGCAGUCUCUCGGAAGAAGAAAUUAGACGAACGCACAGGCAUGCAAACCUCGGUCAAAGGUACAAGAUUUAGGCUCAACAGGGAUCUCGCAGGAUUUCACCUCACUCGUCGCAACGCCAUAGAAGUCCCGGAUUUUGACCCUCCACCUCGAAUGGCUUUUCCUACUGUUCCGUCUGAUCCACGCUUCUCAGGAUAUCUUGUUUCUCUUGAGAAUGUCAACUUUAACUAUUGGCAGAACGACAAAGCCAUCCCCAUCCUGCAUGAUGUCAAUCUUACCAUCCAUCUGGNNGGGGAGCGAGUGGGUCUAGUUGGCCUUAAUGGGGCUGGCAAGUCUACGCUAAUUUCUUUGAUAAUGUCGAGUAUGGAAGGAGCAGUUGAGACCAUUGUUCCGUCGAAAGGUACAAUCUCGCGGCACAGUCGAGCCCAGUUUGGUUUGUACUCUCAACAGGCUGUAGAGGAGCUGGACGCGAUUGCCUCCAGAAGCUCGAAUAUAACGGCACUCAAACAUCUUAUGGACAUCUCUGACCAGCAUCUGAGCGAGCGAGAAGCUCGCGGUCUACUCUCGUCGCUCGGGCUGUCCGGAAGAGUGGCUUCUGAUUUGCCCAUCGGGGUUCUGUCUGGAGGCCAGAAAGUUCGCUUAGCACUCGCAAAGGUCCUAUGGAAACCACCACACCUUCUUAUCCUGGAUGAAGUCACCACCCAUUUGGACUCAGAUACAAUCCAGGCUCUCGCAUUGGCUUUGCGCGAAUACAAAGGGGCCAUCCUGGCCGUCACACAUGAUCGCUUCUUCCUCCGGUGCGUCAUCGAGGGCGAAUCGCUGCUGGAGUUUAUGGUGAACACGAAUAACGAUGACUCCCACGAAGCUGAACAGGAUAGUGGCACAGAAGCCAAUGAUACAACAGUACCUGGAGUUAUCUAUCAAGUGAUGAAUACGAAGCUGAUCAAGUUGGAAAGAGGAAUGCAGCAGUAUGAGGAAAUCGCUGCAAGAACAUCGCUCAAGCUGAGCAGGUCCAAAACAUGA